GAUGAGGAAAACAAAGCACCGACGAGUGAAGAUGAUGAUGUCGGAAUCGGAUCGGUGGUAGAAAGAAACGGCGAGAGAGUGGCAUGGAUUGACGAUGUGGAGGUUACCGGUGAUGAUGAAUGAUUUGAGCCUAGGGUCACCGGAGAAGAUCUCACGACGUCUACGAGCGGUGCUGCAGUGAGCGGACCUUCCGUCAGUGGAGGAAUCCAAUCGCCGAUUGGCUCAGAUACAUUGGGCACCAUGGAUAAGGUAUGAAAUGGAAAUCGAUUUUCAUCAAAUUGGACAUGGCGAGAAACAUAUAAGUGUUGUGUUGAGGGAUCGAGGAAAAAAAGGCGCUAUGGGUGAGAGAGUAACCGAGAAAGAUGCAUGGGGUAGAACGGGUUUUAAGUUUGUAAAAACGGGAUGGUCUUAGCCAUGGAAUAUAGAGGCAGCCAAAAAUUUUGAGUUUGGAAUAGUUAUGAGGUGUCCCAAAUAGACGAUGAAACAAAGAAGAUAGAGAGAGAACUGAAGUGGGAAGUCUGUUUAUGAUAUAGACAACAGUGACAAAGGCGUAAGACCAGUAGGUGAUUGGAAUAUUUGAUUUUGUGAAGAAGAGAGAGGCCAGUUUCAAUGAUAUGAUGAUGGUGUCUUUCGGCGAGAACAUUGUGUUCGGGUGUGUGAGGAGGAGACAUUAAGUGAUACUGGCGGUAGAUAGGAAAUCAUGGAGGGCAAUGAAUUCUCCACCGUUAUCGGAGAAGAGAGUACCAAUUUUUGUUUGAAACCGGGUUUCAGUGAGAGCUUUGAAUCUUAUGAAGGUGUCUUUGACAUGAGAUUUCAGAUUUAGUGGAUAGAACCAGGUGUAUCGAGUGAAGUGGUAAAAAAUAAUGAAAUAGUGCUUAAAGGAGUCUAUGGAGAGAAUUGUAAAAGUCCACAGGUCGAUAAAGAUAAAUUGCAUAGGUCUUGUAGAAGAGAUGGAGGUUUGAGAAAAAAGCUAGUUUAUGAAUUCUAUUGAAAAGCAAUCAACGCAUGACAACUGUUUGGAUAAAGAUUCAGAAAAUGGUAAAGAAAUUUUUUGAAAUAACAGUUUUGAUAAUCAGACGAGAAGGAUGCCCAUGUCUUGAGUGCAACUCGGAGACUAAAGUCUUUACUGUGAGAGUUGCAAAUGUAGUUACUUUUGGAAUUGGCCACUCUUAUAGUUCAUUUUUAGUCCUUCCUUGGAGUAGGCGGGUCCCCCGAGCUGAGAUCCUUCACUUGAAAGGAGGCCGGGAAAAAAUUCAAUAGACAAGUUAUUGCCAUUGCAUAAGCCAUAAACUGAGAUCAAAUUCUUUUGGAUAUUAGGUACAUGAAGAAUAUUUGUAGGAGAGAGUGAACAUGUUGAAGAAGGAAGAGAAGUGGAAACUGUAUUGACAAUGGGAAGCACUGCCAUCACUGAUGAGAACUUCAUCGCCACCGGUGUACGGCUGACAAGUUGGCUAGAUUAGAACUGAUGUGGUGAGUGGAGCUAGAGUCCAUGAGCCAUGGAUUUGAGCUUGAGGCAUGAGCAAGGUUAGCACAUGGCAUCCAUGAGGUUGGUGGAGUGGGCAGCAGUAGAGGCUGAGAAAUCCGAGUCUGGUAUCAGUGCCGCCACCCAAGUUAUUUCUACCCUUUCAAUUGACUUUUCUCGAGGAUGCAAAAGAGUGAGUGGUCCUACGAGAAGAUCAACUAAAGGAGGAUGGACUUCUGAAGAGGACGAACUUUGGACGAAUGUUGUGCAGAUGUACAAAGGGCUUACCAGCUGGAAAAAUAUUGUUGAGCGUGUUCCUGGAUUGAAGGACAAGAGGAGCGAAGUCCAGUGUCAGCACCGUUGGCUAAAGGUUCUUGAUCCAAACCUCUACAAAGGAAAUUGGACAAAAGAUGAAGAUGACCUCUUAAGUAAAUUGGUUGAGAAUCAUAUGAAGAAUGAUAGGCCUCAAUGGUCGAAAAUUUCAAAGCAACUCCCUGGUCGCAUCGGCAAGCAAUGUCGUGAAAGACCUUUUACAUUGUUUUUCUUUUCGCAUUUGGUUUCCAUGCAUCACAUUUUUCCCAUAAAGCUGGUUAUGUUAAUUUUUUGUUAUGUAUUUUAGGUGGCAUAAUCAUUUGAAUCCGACUAUUAUAAAAACUGUGUGGACUAGAGAAGAGGAACUCAUUCUCGUUCAAUCACAAAGAGAACACGGCAAUAGGUGGGCAGAGAUUGCCAAGCUCUUGCCUGGAAGGACGAAGAACAAUAUUAAGAACCACUGGAAUUGCCGAGUGUGGACAACGUUUUGUCAAAUAGAGUAAGCAUGAAUAGGCUGAAACUGUGGACAACGUUUUGCUGAGUGUCCUUUUGUACCACAGAUUUGACAGCGUCUGAGAUAAGUUUUAGGAGUCCGAUGACUAGCAGAGUGCUGCUAGUUAGACCAGGUUGAUGGAGAGUUGUUUUUGGACGCUGGUGAUUGUUCUUGAAAGAGCGAGGAAGGUUGUUGGUGUAGUUCACAGAGAUCGAAAAAGAGGAAGUAGUGGGAGCAGAGGCAAGCAACUUUGCUUCAUAAUUGAGGAGCUUCUCAUGGAGUUUCGAGAGUGAGGGGGGCGGGGAGUGUCGUGAGCUUUAGUCUUAUCAAUGAUGGGUUUGUAGUCCUCGGGAAGACCAUCGAGGAUGUAAUCAAUCUGAUCUUCAUAGGUUUCAGGUUUUCCCAGAAGAGAAAGUUGAUCAAAAUUGAUGGUUGGCAUAGGUGGUUACCAAGGUAUCCCAUAUUUCAGCAGCCGUGAAAGCUCGAGAGAGAAUUGGUUGGAAAGAGAUGGAGAUGGCACCAAGAAUAGCUUUGUAGAUCAGCUUGUCCUGGCGUUUUCACACGGUGAAGGUUGGGUUAGCAGAGGUAAUCCCAUUCUUGGUGAUUGUGGGAUCCAGUUUGGUGAUGGCAGAGUCGAGAAAUGGAA